UUUCAUUCAAGUAUAUUAAUUAAAGAGGUCCUUUCCUCCUUAUCAGAGAAACCCAGUUCUUCAGAUUUCAGUAAAUCAAAUCUAGAGAUGAAGAGAACAGCUGAUGAAGAUCCAAAUCAUCCUGUAACUGAAGAAGAAGAUGAAAGAUUGAAGAAAAGAAAGAACAAAUUGGAAGAAGAAGAUGAUGAUAAUGAAAUUGGAUUUGUUAAACUAAACGAUGAUUUAGCAUUUGAGGUAUUAAAACAUUUUGAUGCAAAAUCCUUAGCAACAGCAGCUUGUGUGAACAAAAGAUGGAGUAAAAUGGCUGAAGAUGAAAGGUUAUGGGAAAUUAUUUGUACUCGUCACUGGCAAAAUAUUGGUUGUAGUAAUCGCCAACUUCGUUCUGUUGUUCUUGCUUUAGGUGGAUUUCGUCGUCUUCAUUCUCUUUACAUCUGGCCUUUGUUGAAGAAUUCAUCAUCUUCUUCUUCUUCUUCAAUUGCAUCAUCAUCUUCGACAGCAAUUGUGAAACCAAAACCUAAUUGGGGAAAAGAUGAAGUCAAUCUUUCACUAUCUUUACUUUCAAUUCGAUAUUAUGAGAUGAUGAUGAAAAGGAAAACAAGUAAUUGAAGAUGAGAAAUUCGUAAUUAUCCUUAAUAUUUUCCAGUAAUUUUCCUUUUCUUUUAAUAAGUUGAAUUUCGGGUUUCUAAUUUUGUAUUAGAUCUGAAAAUUAAAAUCCUCAGUAAGGUUGAAAUUUGGUUAUGUUUGUUGUUGUUGUACAUGUUUAAAUGGAAAUUUCUUGUUUUUGUUGGUAAUUGUGAGUGAGAAAAAUUUCUUAUGUUCAAUUGAAUUGUCUGGUGUCGUAUGGAGUCUGUGGAGUUUGUGAGGGUAGAAGAAGAUAACUCCAAAGUCUAAAGGUUUGAGUUGUAAUGAAUGUCUGUGACUGUGUAUCAGUGGCUGUUUCCUCUAUUUCGAAUUGGUAUUGUUGGAGACCUUGUAACUAUUCUCAUAGUUGAAAUGAUUUUAUUUGUGAAUUUCAACUUUCUAUCUCAAUCAGUUAAUCUCUCUAAUCAAUCUUAAUGAAGUUUUGAAGCAUGGUGAUAUUGGAACAUCCAAGAAGAUACAAAAGCCUUGCAGUUUUUACAGAUUUGAAUACAAGAAAGAUGUGGGGUCCUGGGUAUCAGGGCGCUGGUUGAUCUAAACAGAGAUCUUACUGCAAAAAGCAUACGGAGAUUCUUAACCGACAGUACUACCCUACUGGAGUAAGCUGAUGUAUGCCAAGUACUUGAGGCACACAAACUUUUGCGACAGCAAGAGAACCACAAACUGCUCUUUUGCUUGGAGUGCAAUGGUGCAGGUCAGGCAUCAUGUGAAGGAGAACUGUUGUUGGUCAGUGGGUAAAGGUAGUCAGAUUUCCAUAUGGCACGAUCCUUGGUUACCAAGCCUAAACAACUCUCGCUUCCUAAAUUCUACAACCAAGUGUGUGGAGGUAAACAAAGUGGAGGAUCUCAUGAUACCUUGGCAGAGAAAGUGGAACUCUGAAAUUAUUGAUCACGUCUUUGCCGCUGAUGAAGCUAGAGUCAUCAAAGCUGUACCUUUAUCUUGCCAUGAAGAUUUCAGUGAAGACAAGUUAAUUUGGAUGCAACAACACCCUAAUGGGAUUUUCUCUGCCAAAUCAUUCCUAAAGCAGUCGAGGACCUCUCUGCCCUCCUCUUCAUCUCUUCACAGUGACACUUCCCCUGGAAAAAGUUAUGGAAGGUCAAAGACAUUGCCCCAGAGAUUUGCAUGUUCGUGUAGAGGUUAACAAAUAAGGGUCUUCCCCUUGCCACCUCUAUUGGUAAACCCAUCAGGGGUAUAAACACUGACUGCAGAAUAUUACUGACGAUAUCACUAUCAGGCCAGGGAGGAAAACAUUCUUAUGAUGCUCAUUGUUGGAAAGUUGAAUUCAAUGCAUUAUGGGGUGUCCCUUGAGAGUUAUUAGAAUUUUCUCAAAUUUUGAAUUCUACAUUCUCGGGAGGACAAGAUGGUUCAGAGUGGUUCUAAAAUGAUAUUUUCACUGGGACUAGAGCCACGACAAAGCGGAGUUUCUUUACCUCAAUUGGGUUGGUAUAAAAAGUCGGAAAUUCAUGUGUUCAUCCUUCAACUGCUUGCAACAUCUGUAAAGUUACAAAAGGUGCUUGUGCAAUGGAAGAUAAUACCAAGAAAAGAGGAUUCCAACUUGCAUCAAAAUGCCAUGAAGACGAGGAUACUUUGGAAUUUGUGGUAAUCUCGAGAGCCCUAUUAACCAAAGAUCUCAUAAAACAAUCUUUGAAAUGGUUCUCUUCUGUGUCAUUAAGUACCUUCCCCUGACACACACUGGUCAUCUCUACCAGUCUACCAAUCCACAUAUAUAAAAUUUCAGUUGGUUUGCAUCACUGUUGAGGAACCAAUCAAUCAUCUCUCGGCAUUUGUGUCACCGUCAGAGUUAUAGAGCAGAAAUGUUUGUGCUCAAAGAUUGGAGGAUGCUCAUCUUUGAGAUCAAGAAAGUAGAUACAGGUCUUUCCUUUAAGACCAAGGUCUAACCACCAGAUUUCAGUUUCUUUGUUCUUGUUCCAACUGUAAUUUUUCUUCCCUACCAACCUCCUUGUUGUUGUCAAAGUACACAUUAGAGUUCUUACUUGUAAUGCUCAACCUAUAUAAUCCGUCUUAUUCUUAAGC